CGAGAGACUUCACCCCUCUGUGCACAAUCUCCUCUCUUCACUUCCCCUCUGCUUUGCUUAUCUAACCACCACGAUCUAUAUUCUGAAGGUUUUGUUAUAAUUUCCCACCAAUAUUAAUUAAGGCUUCGCUUCUUUCUACUGGUUAUAAGGGGGUUUAAAUAUGGAGAUUACCAUGAAGGAGUCAACAAUGGUAUGUCCGGCUGAAGAAACUCCAAACCAAAGGCUAUGGGUCUCUAACAUGGACUUGGUGAUGACACUGUACCAUAUUUCUACUGUAUACUUCUACAAGCCAAAUGGUUCUUCGGAUUUUUUUGACACAAAACUGUUGAAGGAGUCUUUAAGUAAGAUUCUGGUUCCAUUUUACCCCGUAGCUGGAAGGUUGGGAUAUGAUGAAAAUGGAAGACUUGAAAUAAUCUGCAAUGCAAAGGGAGUAUUAUUCAUAGAGACUGAAACUACUUCUAUCAUGGAUGAUUUAGUUCAAGAUUUUACAGAUGGUUCAAAAGUUCCUCAACUAGUUCCAGAAAUAGACUACUCUGGAGGAAUUCUUCUUAUCCCUCUUCCGGUAAGGUCAAGGUUAGUAACUACUUUCAAAUGUGGAGGAAUUUCUCUUGGAGUUUCUACUCAACACACAAUGACAGAUGGUUCAUCUGGACUUCAUUUCAUUAAUAGCUGGGCCAACACGGUACGAGGGUUGUCCCCCAGGAUUGCCCCAUUCUUGGAUCGUACCCUUCUUCGAGCCCGAAACCCACCGACUCCAAAAUUUCGUCACGUUGAAUGUACACCACCUCCUCCUUUGCAAACUAUGUUUUCAACUUCAGAGUCCCUGCUAGGUCCCAAACCAUCAAUUGUAUCAGUCUUUAGGAUCACAGCUGAUCAACUAAACGCCCUCAAAGCCAAAGGAAAUGAAAAUUCAAAUAGUAAUACAAAAUAUAGCACCUACAGUAUCUUAGCUGCACACAUAUGGCGUUGCGCAACCAAAGCUAGAGACCUCUUAGAGGAUCAGCAACUCCAGUUAAGAAUGCCAAUUGAUGGACGGAAUAGAUUGCGUCCUCCUCUCCCACCUGGUUACUUUGGCAAUGUAAUCUUCAUUGCUGCACUCUUAACUCUAGCUGGUGAUCUUCUAUCAGAACCAUUCAUAGAUACCGUCAAGAGAAUUCAUGAAAUAUUGAAAGAAAUGGAUGAUGAAUAUCUGAGAUCUGGUAUUGAUUACAUAGAAAAGGCCCCUGACAUAAAAGCUAUCAGGCGAGGGCCUCAACAUGUGCGGUGCCCGAACCUUCUUAUCAACAGUUGGAUAAGGUUACCUAUCCAUGAUGCAGAUUUCGGAUGGGGUCGUCCUAUUUUUAUGAGGCCGGCAAAUAUUGUCCAUGAAGGGAAACUGUUCAUACUUCCAAGCCCAACCAAGGAUGGUAGCUUGACAUUGGUUACACGUCUGGAGACCUCUCACAUGAAACUGUUCGGAAAGCUUCUUUACGAAUUCUGACAACAUAGACGCUUGCUCGCUGCUAGUUGUUCUCCUUUUCGAUCGAGUUUGGAUUCGCAAAGUCCUUGCUAAUCUUGUUUUGUUGGAUUAUUUCAGGUCUAUAUCUUAGUUCUGUUGAGUGGUCUCAAUUCUGUUUCCAUAGGUUGUUUUCUGAGGUGUUUCUUAUUGUAUUCAGCCGGUUGUUUGACUUAUGGUGUGUCUCAUCUUUGCUUUGUUAUUGGUUUGGAGACUUCCUUUUCUAGAUAUGCCAAACUUGUAAACCUCGUUUUAAUAGUAAUAAAUAAAUGCUGUUUACUUUACGAGGAAAAAAAUCUAGAAGCUAUCUACAUAGGUUGAUGUCUUUCCAUUUCUCUUUCCUUUUGUUGUUCGUCCC